CAGCAGCAGCGGCGGCGGCGGCGUCGCUCCUCUCCGCGCCCCGCCGGCCCGUCGGCGGCUCUCGGCUCGGGCGCUCGGGCGCUCCGUCCCCUCCGCGGCCCCGCCCGAGCCCGGCGCCUCGGCUGCGGCCCCGGCCAUGGCGUGCGGAGCCACGCUGAAAAGGACUCUGGAUUUCGACCCGCUGCUAAGCCCGGCGUCCCCGAAGCGCCGGCGAUGUGCGCCAUUGUCGGCGCCCACCUCGGCCGCCGCCUCCCCGGCGGCCGCCGCCGCCGCCACCGCCGCCUCCUUCUCGGCCGCCGCCGCCUCGCCCCAGAAGUAUCUCCGGAUGGAGCCGUCCCCGUUCGGCGACGUCUCCUCCCGCCUCACCACAGAACAAAUUCUGUACAACAUAAAACAAGAAUAUAAACGCAUGCAGAAGAGAAGACAUUUAGAAACUAGUUUCCAACAGACUGAUCCUUGUUGUACUUCUGAUGCACAGCCACAUGCAUUUCUCCUAAGUGGACCAGUUUCACCAGGGACUUCAUCUGCUACAUCCUCACCAUUGAAAAAAGAACAGCCCUUAUUCACCUUACGGCAGGUUGGGAUGAUAUGUGAACGUUUGUUGAAAGAACGUGAAGAAAAAGUUCGAGAAGAAUAUGAAGAAAUACUGAAUACAAAACUUGCAGAACAAUAUGAUGCAUUUGUGAAGUUUACACAUGAUCAGAUAAUGCGACGAUAUGGAGAACAGCCUGCUAGUUAUGUCUCAUGAAUCACGUUUUCUGCAUUUCUGGGCUGCCUUGUUCCUUGUUGAGUUGUUGCAAGAGGUCCCAAUUAUGACAUGCAGCAAUGCCAAUACCCCCCUGUGAAUACAGGUUAUUUCAAGCUUUGUCAGUGGCAACCACUCUAAGGCAGCAACUGGUUUUGGAAAUUUCCCUGAUGUUAAUAUCGCCUGGAUGUGGACCUUUGCUACCUGUAUUAAUACCAGUGGCCUCAUUUGCUGUAUCAUUACAAUUUGGCUUCUUACGUUGAUAUGUUUGAAAAGGAUUAAAGCUGGUAUUCUAAGAACAUGCCCUUCACUGGUUGUGUAAAUAAAACUGUAGAAUGACACUUCGGAUGAAGUUAGUGUGAUUUUAAUUGUGCACUACAACCAAGCUGUAACCAGUUAUUAAUAAUUUAGACUGUAAUCCCAGGACUUUAUUAAGCAAAUAGCCUGCAGUGCUUCCUUUGAAAUAGUGAAGGAGGAGGGCAUUUCUGUAUUCCAGGACUUCUUGGGGUUUCAGAAUGGGUUUAUAUGAUUUUUUGGGGGUAGUUUUUAUUUAUUCUAUCGGUCUUUUUAACAAAUGUUUAUUGCUGCAUUUUUUUCCCCCCAGUGUAUCAUUGUUUUAUUGCCCUUGUAGUACUGGAAUUUAGUUGAAAGAAUAAAACAUUUACUUCUA